AUGUUGAAUCGCUCGCUUUUGCGUGUAGCAGCACGCUCUCUACAGGCUGGUCGCCCCACCGCUAGCCGUCGCUAUGCAUCUUCGUCCGCCGUGUUCAAUUGGGAGGAUCCCCUUGCUGCAGCGGAGCUGUUCACAGAAGAGGAGCUGGCAAUUCAGGAUACGGCACGACAAUACUGCCAGGAAAAAUUAAUGCCACGGGUUCUCGAGGCCUACCGCAACGAAGACUAUGACCGCCGAAUCCUCGAAGAGAUGGGUGAACUCGGCCUGCUAGGUGCCUCAAUUGAGGGCUAUGGCUGCGCCGGUGUGAGCACCGUCGCCUCCGGCCUGAUCACCAAAGAAGUGGAACGAGUUGACAGUGGAUACCGGUCGGGCAUGUCGGUGCAGAGCUCUCUUGCCAUGACAGGUAUCUAUGAAUUUGGCACAGAGGAAAUGAAGGAGCGGUUUCUACCCGGACUGGCAUCUGGCAAGGUUUCUGGCUGCUUUGGGCUGACGGAGCCCAAUCAUGGCUCCGAUCCCGGAUCCAUGGAGACCGUUGCGCGCGAGCACCCUACCCAGAAGGGCGUGUACCUUUUGACCGGUAGCAAGACCUGGAUCACUAACUCGCCCAUUGCGGACCUGGCGCUCGUGUGGGCUAAGCUCGAGUCUACCGGCAAGAUUCGCGGGUUCGUGGUUGAGCGAUCUAAGUGCCCACCCGGUACUUAUGAGACUCCCGCUAUCAAGAAUAAGACUGCGCUGCGCGCAUCCAUCACGGGCAUGAUCCAUAUGGAUAAUUGCCCCGUCGGUGUGGAGAAUAUGCUGCCCGAUGUUGAGGGUCUCACGGGUCCGUUUACAUGCCUGAACAGCGCGCGUCUGGGAAUCGCCUUUGGUAGCAUGGGUGCAUUGGAAGACUGCAUUACCCGUGCACGUGAUUACAGUCUUGAGCGCAAGCAGUUCAAGGGUAACCCUCUGGCCAAGUAUCAGCUUGUUCAGAAGAAGCUGGCUGAUGCGGCGACGGAUGCUGCUUACGGUACGCUGGCGGCUGUGCAGGUGGCUCGUCUUAAGGACGCUGGUAAAGCCACCCCAGAGAUGAUCUCGAUGAUCAAGCGUCAGAACUGUGAUCGUGCGCUACAGAAUUCCCGAAUUCUGCAAGAGGUAUUUGGCGGUAACGCUGCCAGCGACGAGUACCACAUUGGACGUCAUGUGGCCAACCUGUUUGUAGUGCAAACUUAUGAGGGUCAAAGUGAUAUUCAUGCUUUGAUUCUGGGUCGGGCUAUUACGGGCAAGCAGGCCUUCGUCUAA